UUUACUAAAUAAUGAAAGAACUCUAAGCAGAAUUUGAAAAUAAUAGAGAUAAAUAAAGAUAAAAGUUUUUGCGACACUUAUAUGAGAUACUUGAUGUAUUUAUAAGAUAUAUAAAAUAGAAUCCUAAAAAUGAUUAAAUAAUAAGGUGGCAUGAUAAUGGAUUUGUAAUAUAGAAUAUAGAAGAAUUUAAGAAAUAAUUAUUACCUAUCACAUUUAAACAUAAUAAUUACCAAAGUCUAAUGAGAUAACUCAAUAAAUAUGGAUUCAAAAUAAAAUCCAAAGAAAAUUUAAAAGCAUAUUUCACUCAUCCUACUAUUAGAGAGAAUAAUAGAGAAACAAAGAGAGUUUUAAAGAUUAACAAAACUUAAUAAAAAAUAGAUUACUUAAAAGAAUUAUAAGUGUUAAAAGUAGAGUUGGAUAAUCUUAAAGAAGGAUAAAAGAUCUUAAACAAAUAGUUUUAACUUUCAAUUAAAAUCAUGAUUAGAUUACAAUCUUAUUUUGCUAGAUUGAAUAUGGUAUUUUUAUAUUUUUAUUUAGAUGACUUUGCAUACCGUUGGAUUUGCAAAUAUUUUUGGAAAUCUAAUGUAUUCAAAUCAUAAACGAAUUUGGGGAAAUUUAGGAGGUGAUCUUUUUCAAGUAAAUUAUUUUAUCUAAACUCAAGUUAUAACUUAAUUCUAUAGUUUAAGGGUUUCCUGAACUUUUAGAAACAAGAUUAACUACUCCAAUCAUUAGCAAUUUAGGAACUCCAUUACCUUUUUAUCAAUUUAUUGGAUAAAUGAAGGAAUUCAAAAACUUACUUCUUUAAUGA